UCUCGUUGGGGUUUUGGAUAUUCACCACCGCUCAUCUCAUCUCAACCAACUUCAUCUCCUCCCAAGAAGACUUUAGCUCUCUUUCCCUCACAAUGGCUCCCGCUUCCGCAGUUGUUUCAGCUCUUAUGCUGCCCGCUCUCGCUCUGGGAGCUGCCAUCGAGCCCCGUGGCGCUGAGAUCGUUGGAGGAACCACCGCUGCUGCCGGCGAGUUCCCCUACAUUGUCAGUCUGUCUUCUGGGGGCUCUCACUUCUGCGGUGGUGUUUUGGCCAACGCCAACACCGUCAUCACUGCUGGCCACUGCUCCGUCGACUUCUCCGCCUCUCAGGUCAAGGUCCGCGCUGGAUCUCUCACCUGGGCUUCUGGCGGCACCCAGGUUGGUGUUUCAAGCAUCACCGUGAACCCCUCAUACACCACCAAGAACGGUGUCCCCGACUUCGACGUUGCCGUCUGGAAGCUGUCCACUCCCAUCCAGACCAGCUCUACCAUCGGUUACGUCACCCUGCCCGCCUCUGGCUCUGACCCUGCUGCUGGAACUACCUUGACCACCGCUGGCUGGGGAACCACCAGCGAGAACUCCAACUCGCUUCCCUCAAGACUGAACAAGGUCUCCGUCCCCGUCAUCUCUCGCGCUUCUUGCAACAGCGAGUACGGCAACAUCAUCUCCAACAACAUGUUCUGCGCCGGCCUGUCCCAGGGUGGCAAGGACUCCUGCUCUGGAGACUCCGGCGGCCCCAUUGUCGACUCCAACGGCGUUCUCCAGGGUCUCGUUUCUUGGGGCCAGGGCUGUGCUGAGGCCGGUUUCGCUGGUGUCUAUGUCAGACUCGGAAACCUUUUGUCUUUUGUCAAUUCGCACCUGUAAAUGGUGGGCUACAAAAACCUUUUAUCUUCAAUGGGCGGUGCAGGGAUCCUGUUCUCUCUUUUGACUUACCCACCUGGGUAGCUAUGAAGCUGGAGCGGAUGAGCGGAUCUGAUUUCAUAGCGGGAAAAAAAACCCUUGGCCAACUAGUUGGAGUAGAUAGGAUUUGAAGUUGAAUGAAAAAAAAAAUUGCGUAUAUGAUUAUUGAGUGAAA